AUGAAAGAACAGGUAUCGAGCACGUCAUGGGAGGGCUCGGUCAUUGAGGGCCGAUUGUCUCGGAAUCUAGCGAGAUACACUUUGUUGUUAGACAAAAUAGCGACAUUGUCUCAAGUCGACAAACUAUCUGAGGUUAUAGCUAAUGACUAUGCAGAACAGUCCAAACAAUUGAGUACAUUCGUGCAAGAGUCGCAGUCAUCGCUUAACAAACAAUCCAGGAAACUGGAAUUACAAAGAACUGAUCUUACGACUACUUUGACUCACUUUCAUGAAACAGUGAGCACUAUAUCUUCCUCGAAUACAAGAGCAAAGGCCAUCCACGAUGAUAUCGAGACAGUGGAUCAAGAGCGUGCGCUAGUCGACAAAACACUGCAGUUUGUGAGAGACGUUAGAACGCUGAAAAAUAAUAUUUCAUUGGCACAUUCAGCUUUGGAAACUAAAGAUUAUCUAGUCGCUGCGACAGCAAUCAAUGAAAUUAGAAACUUGCCAGACAAAAAAUUGAUUGUUUCUGAGUUUGCCAAGAAAGUGGUACCUUCGAGUGAAAUCCCUGAAGAACCGUCUAUACUAAUAAAAAACUGGUGCAAAGAAUUAACAGGUUUGUUCCAGGAGCACUUCAUGAAAGCAACAAGAACCCAGAAUAUUAAAGAAUUAACAUUGAUGUUCAAGAUGUUCCCCAUGAUUGGGCAAGACGUGCUAGGGUUAGACUUGUAUUCCAAGUACGUUUGUGAUAUUAUUGCUGAUGAAAGUAGGAAAAUUAUGUCUAAUUCAAUGGAAAACAGUACCAAGUUUCAGGGAUUUUUUUCCCAAGUACUAUUGCAUCUUUUCAAAAUUGUAUCUACUAUCAUAAACGACCACUCGAAAGUUAUUGCCACAUGUUACGGAAAACAGCACAUGGUGCACGUUAUGGAAAAAGUAGAAAAGGAAGCUGAUCUCCAGGCCAGUUUAGUUCUUGACAUUUUCGUCGAAACACGAAAACUAGAUAGAACUAUAAGCGAUAUCAAUGAAUGGGAACGUUUACAAAAGAAUAACGAUCGGAACAAAGGUAGUAAUCAGUCAGAUUCUGAAACAGAUGAGGAGGCUCAGCAAGGCUCAGUCACAUCCAUCCAUGACCUGGCGGUUUUGAUCGUAGAAUUCUCCCAGAUAUUACAAAACUGGUCCAUGUAUGCUCGAUUCUAUUCAGUUAAAUGGAAUGAAUUUACUGACUUGCAUCCGGAUAUCUUGCAACCGCCUCCGCCUAUAGCUGACGGUAAAUUUGCAUUGAAAUUGAAACAAGAUGGAAUCUUGGACGAUUUCCAGGUUCUUGUGUUGAGUCAUCUUCACAGGUCAUUCAAAAACAGUAUCCCAUUGGAAGAAUUACCUUCACUAAAUGACCUUAUUACCACAGUUCCACUCAGUGACAACGAUAGAAACUCAUAUCCUGUGACAUCUGUUUUGGAUGAUCUAAUAUUAUUAGUUCGGAAAAACCUGAUAUCAGCGGUUAAUACUGGUCAAUUUAAACUUUUAUCAAGUUUUCUAAAUGAAGUAGUCAAGUUCUUUCAAAAUGAAUUUCUGGUCAGAUUCAUGCAAAAUAAGUUCAAGUCGUUACAGUCAAAACUAACACCAAACAUAUCUUUGAAAAGAUACAUCCCAAAAGGAGAAGAGCAAUCUUCAGCAUCUAAUGCAUACGCAUCAUCCAGAUCAGUGUCUCCACCUGCGAAUAAAUUCUCCCCAUUAAGCAGAUUCACUUUUAGAGGUGCAGCUGCAAGUGCAUUAACAAACAUCCAAUCAAAUUUACAAGCUGUUGUCGCUGACGAUGAGGAUUCCAUCCUGGCACUACAUCACUAUUUGAUUUAUUUGAACACGCUGUAUUUGAACAAGAUGUAUGUCCACAGACUCUUGUCCAUAGAAAUAUUAGAAGACGAUUCACAAAAAAUCUUAAAGGACAACUUCCCCUUCAACAACGAUGCAACGCAGCUACAAACGCUGAUAGUAAAUUCAGAAAAAUUAGUGUUGGAACAAACUGACAAGCUCAGCAAAUGGGCCGUCAAAUACCUGUUUCAAAAUAUUCUACAAAACAAGGUCCGAAAUUUAUUAACCGCAGUUUUUGUUAACAUUAAUCCAUCCAAUUCUUCAACAUCGAACCAAAAAAAUAUGUCUCGUGAUAACUCUGCAGGCGUAAACCAAAAAAAUUACAUCACAAGCAUAGAAGAUUUCGAAGAUCUGUCACAAAUAAACAGCUUUAAUAACAAAUGGAACCAAUUAAUUACUCCUUACAGAAAUAUUCUUCACAAGGAAGCAUAUGUGGAGUUAUUGUCUAAUAUAGUUGGUUACAUUGUUGGAACACUGGAACAAAGGAUAUGGACUCUAGAGUUCAAUGAACUUGGCGUUACAAAACUAGAUAGAGAACUAAGCCUGUUUAUUGGUAAUAUCUGUGGUCUCCACUACAAUCUAAGAGAAAUGUUUUUGAAAUUGACGCAGAUUGUGUUACUUCUCGGCUUAGAUGAUGAUAGUUUUGAUUUGACUACAGGUGACAUCAAGGAUGAUUUCGAUGGUACUUUUGAUUGGGUGAUAACUUCCCAGGAAAGAAUCAAAGCUAGGAGCAUGAAGAUUGAUAGAAGACAGUAG